AUGAAUCAAAUGAGAAUUUUUUCUGUAAAACUGAAUGAUGGACACCUCAUGCCUACAUUGGGGUUUGGCACCUCUGCACCUAAUAAGGUUUCUAAGAGUCUGGCAGAGGAGGCCAUCAAGAUGGCAAUUGAUAUCGGCUAUCGCCAUAUUGACUCAGCUCAUCUGUACAUGAAUGAAGAAGAGGUUGGGAGGGCCAUCCAAAAGAAGAUUGAGAGUGGUACUGUGAAGAGAGAGGACAUAUUCUGCACCUCAAAGCUGUGGAGUACAUAUCUACGUCCAGAAUUGGUGCAAACUGGCCUGGAAAUGACACUGAAGAAACUUCAGCUGAAUUAUGUGGAUCUUUAUCUUAUUCAUUUCCCGGGAGGUCUGAAGCCUGGGAAGGAGCUUAUGCCAAUGGACACACAAGGGAAUGUUAUUUUUGAUAGAGUGGAUAUCUGUGCCACAUGGGAGAUCUUGGAAAAGUGUAAGGACGCAGGACUGGUCAAGUCUAUUGGUGUGUCUAACUUUAACCGCAGGCAGAUAGAGAAGAUCCUGAACAAACCAGGACUCAAGUACAAACCUGUCUGCAACCAGGUGGAGUGCCAUCCUUACCUGAACCAGAGCAAGCUUCUGGAGUUCUGCAAAUCCAAGGACAUUGUCUUGACUGCAUUUGCUGCCUUGGGGUCUGACGCAGAGAAGGACUGGGUGACCAAGAAUAAGCCACCCCUCCUGGAGGAUCCAGUGAUCAAAGCCAUUGCUGAAAAGCACAUGAGAAGUCCAGCUCAGGUUGCCCUGCGCUACCAGCUGCAGCGGGGGGUGGUGGUCCUGGCCAAGAGCUUCAAUGAGAAGAGAAUGAAAGAGAACUUCCAGGUGUUUGAUUUCCAGUUGACACCAGAGGAUAUGAAGAAAUUAGAUGGCCUAAAUAGAAACAUUCGUUAUUUGGAAGAUCUUCAGGAGGGUGAAGGACAUCCAGAUUAUCCAUUUAAUGAUGACUACUAG